AUGACGUCGUGCUCAGUGGUGAAAGCUCAGAGACAGAAGGAGGAAGCGAGGACAUUUGAGGCUACAGCAUCUUGCACUUCAGCAUUAUUGCUUAUCCGUAUGUUUUACAAGAAAUUUUUACAGUAUUCUUUAAAAGAAAGGUUUGAGGAUGUUUUAGAAGAUGGAAUUCCACUCACCUUCUUUUUUGACAUCCUGCUGAUGCUUAGUUCUAUGGAAGGAAUGAAAGAAAUUGAAGAAAGCAGAUUACCAUAUGCCUUUUUAGAGCAUACUUGGAAACAGUGUGGCCAUCAGGACUAGGGAGGUGAUCAUCUUCCUGUCCUCAGCACUGAUGAGGCUGCACCUCAACUACUGUUCAGUUUUGGGCCCCUCACUACAAGAAAGACAUUGAUGCUGGAGCGUGUCACAAGAAGAACAAUGAGGCUGAUGAAAGGUCACAAGUCUUAUGAGGAGCGGCUUAGGGAACUGGGAUUGUUUAGGCUAGAGAAAAGGAGGCUGAAGGGAGACCUUAUCACUCUCUGCAACUGCCUGAAAGGAAAUUGUAGUGAGGUGGGUGUUGGCGUUUUUUCCCAAGUGACAAGCGAUAGGACAAGAGGAAAUGGCCUCAAGUUGCACCAGGGGAGGUUUAGAUUGGAUAUUAGGAAAACUUUCUUCACCAAAAGGGUUGUCAAGUAUUGGAACAGACUGCCCAGGGAAGUGGUUGAGUUACAAUCCCUGGAGAUAUUUAAAAGAUGUGUAGAUGCGGUGCUUAAGGACAUGGUUUAG